CGCAGCCACCUGUCUCGACCAGACUUCAAGAAGCACACGAUUAUCGAACCUGUUCUUCGUCUUUGACUUUGAUAAGAUACACCGACAACCCAAAACACACCUAAAUCACAAACAUGGCUGGCGAUCCUCGAGCGCUGCUUCGUCAGGCGGAAACUUCGUUACAGAAAGCAUCUGGCGGCUUCAGCUUCUUCGGUGGACGUCAAGAGAAAUAUGAGGCAGCAGCAGAGCAGUUCAUCGCUGCAGCGAAUGCGUUCCGCAUGCAGAAGAUGGGAAAGGAGGCCGGUGAAGCUUUCGAGAAGGCAGCAUCAGUCCAGCGUCAACAACUAAACGAGCCCGAUGACGAAGCCAACUCACUCACAGAAGCCUUCAAAGCGUACCGUAAGGAUGACCCAGAGGCUGCUGCAAGAUGCUUAGACAAAGCCAUCACCCACUACUGCAGCAAAGGCAAUUUCCGCCGUGCAGCCACUCAUAAGCAGAACCUUGCCGAGUUGUACGAAGUCGAGCUUGGUGACAACGCCCGUGCGGGUGCAGCCUAUGAGGAGGCUGCUGGGUGGUAUGAGAGCGACAACGCAGAGGCACUUGCAAACAAACUUUGGCUGAAGACAGCUGAUCUAGUCGCCCUUGAAGGGAAAGACUACUACAAGGCCAUCUCACUCUACGAGAAGGUUGCCAAGACAUCAAUCCAGAACAACCUUAUGCGCUGGUCUGUCAAGGAGUAUCUCCUCAAGGCUGGUAUCUGCCAGCUUUGCACUGGCGAUCAGGUCGGUGUCAACGCUGCACUCGACAGGUACAGGGAGCUAGAUCCUAGCUUCAGCCAGCAGCGGGAGCACCAGUUGCUGUGCGACCUUACGGCGGCAGUGCAGGAGGGCGACCAGGAGCUGUUCGCUGAUAAGCUGUUCCAGUACGAUCAGUUAAGCAAGCUGGACAAGUGGAAGACAACACUGCUGCUGAGGAUUAAAGCAACGAUCGAGGAGACAGGCGAGGACUUCUCUUAGGAGAAGUUAUUUGCGGGGCUUAAGGUUUGGCUGAACAUUAUGGACGCGUUCUUAUGUCAAUAAGAUCUUAUUAUCUAUGUAUAUUUCUAAAGGUAUCAUGAUGCCCCUCUGUGUACUCGCUAUUGCAGUCGGGCUGACCUCUAUGCCUUCUCGAGCUCCUUCUUGAGCUCCUUAUUGUCGACAACUGCCGUUAGCGCCUUGCCGGUAUCGUCCUUGGAUCCAAAGAAGCCUGCA